AUGGACGGCGAUGGCGGCCGCCGAGACGCCCCCGGCACGCUGAUGGAAGCCGGGCGCGGCGCGGGGCCCACGGGCAUGGCGGAGCCGAGGGCGAGGGCGGCGCGGCUCGGGCCCCAGCGCUUCCUGCGGCGCAGUGUGGUGGAGUCGGAUCAGGAGGAGCCGCCGGGCCUGGAGGCAGCUGAGACGCCGAGCGCGCAGCCCCCGCAGCCCCUGCAGCGUCGGGUGCUUCUGCUUUGCAAGACACGCCGCCUCAUCGCCGAGCGUGCCCGGGGACGCCCCGCCGCCGCCACUCCCGCACCUGCCGCGCCCGCAGCGCCGCCGGGCGCCCCCGGGCCCCCCUCAGACCCAGGCCCCGAUCUCACAAGUGCGCAGGAGCCCCGACCGGAUCCCGCUGUAGCCACAGCCGCAGCCGCGCCGGCCCCCGACGGUGGCCCUCGGGAGGAGGUGGCAGCAGCGGCGGCGACAGCGGCAGCCGUAGUAGCCACGACCCAGGAGGACGCUGGAGCCACCGAGGCGAAGCCUGAGACUGGGCGAGCACGCAAGGAUGAGCCCGAGGAGGAGGAAGAUGAUGAAGACGAUCUUAAGGCCGUGGCCACCUCUCUGGAUGGUCGCUUCCUUAAAUUCGACAUCGAACUGGGCCGGGGCUCCUUCAAGACCGUCUACAAGGGGCUGGACACGGAGACCUGGGUGGAAGUGGCCUGGUGCGAACUGCAGGACCGGAAGCUCACCAAGCUGGAGCGACAGCGUUUCAAAGAGGAGGCUGAGAUGCUGAAAGGCCUACAGCACCCCAACAUCGUGCGUUUCUAUGACUUCUGGGAGUCCAGUGCCAAGGGCAAGCGGUGUAUUGUACUGGUGACUGAGCUGAUGACCUCGGGGACACUGAAGACGUACCUGAAGCGGUUCAAGGUGAUGAAGCCCAAGGUGCUGCGCAGCUGGUGCCGGCAGAUCCUAAAGGGCCUGCUGUUCCUGCACACAAGGACGCCGCCCAUCAUCCACCGAGACCUCAAGUGUGACAAUAUCUUCAUCACCGGGCCCACUGGGUCUGUGAAGAUUGGCGACCUGGGCCUGGCUACCCUCAAAAGAGCAUCAUUUGCCAAAAGUGUGAUAGGUACGCCUGAAUUCAUGGCUCCUGAGAUGUAUGAGGAACACUACGAUGAGUCAGUUGAUGUCUAUGCCUUUGGGAUGUGCAUGCUGGAGAUGGCUACCUCAGAGUACCCCUAUUCAGAGUGCCAGAACGCUGCCCAGAUCUACCGCAAGGUCACCUGUGGCAUCAAGCCAGCCAGCUUCGAGAAAGUGCAUGAUCCUGAAAUCAAGGAGAUCAUUGGGGAAUGCAUCUGUAAGAACAAGGAGGAAAGGUAUGAGAUCAAGGACCUGCUGAGCCAUGCCUUCUUUGCUGAGGACACAGGCGUCAGGGUGGAACUCGCAGAGGAGGACCAUGGCCGGAAGUCUACCAUUGCCCUGCGGCUAUGGGUAGAAGACCCCAAGAAGCUGAAGGGAAAGCCCAAGGAUAAUGGAGCCAUAGAGUUCACCUUUGACCUGGAGAAGGAGACGCCUGAUGAUGUAGCCCAGGAAAUGAUCGAGUCUGGAUUCUUCCAUGAGAGUGAUGUGAAGAUCGUGGCCAAGUCCAUCCGUGACCGAGUAGCAUUGAUACAGUGGCGGCGUGAGAGGAUUUGGCCUGCACUGCAAUCCCAGGAGCCAAAGGACUCUGGCAGCCCCGACAAGGCCAGGGGCCCACCAGCACCCCUGCAGGUCCAGGUGACAUACCAUUCACAGACCGGACAGCCUGGGCAGCCGGAGCCUGAGGAGCCUGAAGCUGACCAGCACCUCCUCCCCCCGACGCUACCAGCCAGCGCCACUUCCCUGGCUUCUGACAGUACCUUUGACAGCGGCCAGGGCUCCACGGUGUACUCAGACUCGCAGAGCAGCCAGCAGAGCAUGGUCCUGGGCUCCCUCGUGGAUACUGCUCCAGGCCCAGCCCCUUGCGUGUGUAGCCCCCCUGUGAGUGAGGGACCUGGCCUGACACACAGCCUACCCUCACUGGGGGCCUUCCAGCAACCCGCCGCCACGCCUGGCCUGUCUGUGGGCUCCGUCCCACCCCCUGUCCGCCCUCCACUUCUCCAGCAGCAUUUCCCAGAGCCUACGUUGAGCUUUGCCCCCGUGCUGCCACCACCCGGCGCCUCUGUGCCCACAGGGCCAUGCCAGACAGCACCUCCUGCCCAGCAGCUGCCUCCCAUGGCCCAGCCUCCAACCUUGCCACAGGUUCUGGCUCCACAGCCCAUGGGCACCAUCCAGCCGGUACCCCCCCAUCUGCCUCCGUACCUGGCUUCAACCUCCCAGGUGGUGGCCCCUGCUCAGCUGAAGCCCCUCCAGAUGCCACAGCCACCACUGCAACCACUGGCUCAAGUCCCUCCUCAGAUGCCUCCAAUGCCUGUGGUUCCCCCCAUUACCCCUCUGGCGGGAAUUGAUGGCCUCCCUCAGGCCCUCACUGACCUGCCGCCUGCAAAUGUGGCUCCUGUGCCACCACCUCAGUAUUUCUCUCCCGCUGUGAUCUUGCCAAGCCUCGCCACUUCCCUGCCCGCAUCCCCGGCCUUGCCUCUACAGGCAGUCAAACUGCCCCAUCCCCCUGGAGCGCCCCUGGCCGUGCCCUGCCAGACCAUCGUGCCAAAUGCACCAGCCACCAUCCCUCUACUGGCUGUGGCCCCACAGGGUGUGGCUGCCCUGUCCAUCCACCCUGCAGUGGCCCAGCUCCCAGCCCAGCUCCCGGCCCAGCUCCCGGCCCAGCUCCCGACCCAGCUUCCGACCCAGUUGCCAGCCCAGCCAGUGUAUCCAGCAGCCUUCCCACAGAUGGCACCUGGAGACAUCCCACCUUCCCCCCACCACACGGUGCAGAGCUUACGGGCCACCCCUCCACAGACGGUGCCGCCUGUGCCUCCUCAGCCCCUCCAGCCUGGUGUCGCCCAUCUGCCUGAGCAGGCUGCUCCGGCUGUCACCUCAGGGAGCCAGGUCCUGCUGGCCCACCCGCCUGUGGCUGCUCCAGUCCCUGCCGUGUCCCUGCCAUCUGCUGUCCUCUCCCCACCUCUACCAGACGUGCUGCCGCCUGCUGUCCCUGAGCUCCUGCCUAAGUUUCCUAGCUCCCUGGCCCCCACUGUCGUGGCAGCAGCUCAGAGUGUGCCUGCCAUGACCACUACACUCCUGCCACCAGCAAACCCACCGCUGCCGGCUGGGCCUGUGAUCUCCAGCCCCUGCCCAGCUGUCCAGUUGACAGUGGAACCGGCCCAAGAGGAACCAGCCUCCCGAGACAAGCCGCCUGGUCUCCCACAGAGCUGUGAGAGCUAUGGUGGCUCUGAUAUCACUUCUGGACGAGAGCAAAGUGAUAGCUGUGAAGGCGCCUUUGGAGGGGGCAGGCUGGAGGGCAGAUCUGCCAGGAAACACCACCGCAGGUCCACACGUGCCCGCUCCCGCCAGGAGAGGGCCAGUCGCCCUCGUUUAACUAUCCUGAAUGUGUGCAAUACAGGAGACAAGAUGGUGGAGUGCCAGCUAGAAACUCAUAACCACAAAAUGGUCACCUUCAAGUUUGACUUGGAUGGGGAUGCCCCUGAUGAGAUUGCCACAUACAUGGUGGAGCAUGACUUCAUCCUGCCGGCCGAGCGUGAAACAUUCAUUGAGCAGAUGAAGGAUGUCAUGGACAAGGCAGAGGAUAUGCUCAGCGAGGACACAGAUGCUGACCAUGGCUCUGAUGCAGGAGCCAGCCCACCACACCUGGGCACCUGCGGCCUGGCUGCAGGGGAGGAGAGUGGACAGUCCCAAGCAAAUGCCCCUGUGUACCAACAGAACGUUCUGCACACAGGGAAGAGGUGGUUUAUCAUCUGUCCAGUGGCUGAGCACCCAGCAGCUGAUGCUUCUGAAGCUUCCCCUCCACUUCCGAUAAGCUCCCUGCAGCCAGAAGCCAGCCAAGACACAGCGCCCUACACAGACCAGCUGUCCUUGAAGGAAAAACCUGGCUUCCCAGCUGCUCAGCAGCUCCUGAGCCAGGCAGGCCCCAGUGACCCUUCCAGCGGGGCAUCAGCCUCCUUGGCACCAUCCUCCCCUCCCACGACUACUGCACUCCAAGACACAGCAGCACCAGCCGCCAGCGCCACACCAGAGCCAGCACCAGGGACUGCUGUUCAGGCAGGGGGCCCAGGGACCCCUCAGGGGAGAGCCAAUGAGCGUGAGACACCCAAGCCACUGGCUGAGACUCACCAUGCUCAACUCGCUCCACAGCCCCUCAGCACAGACAGAGGACCUUAUACUCUAGCUACAGAGACCUCCUGCUGUCCUACAGUUUUGGGGGAGCCUGCUUCAUCUAGGGAGGUCAGCGCCCCAAAGGAUCCCCUUCCUGCUUCAGCACUGGAGCCCAGCCCACCAAGCGGGGUACUGCAGCCUGCUGUGGGUCAGCCACCAUCCCUGCUGCCUUCCACAGUGGGGGCCAUCACCCUGGCUGCCCCCCAGCUUCCCAGCCCCCCCUUGGGGCCCACUGCUCCUCCACCACCACCCUCAGCCCUGGAGUCAGAUGGAGAAGGGCCGCCCCCCAGGAUGGGCUUUGUGGACAGCACCAUCAAGAGCCUGGAUGAGAAACUGAGGACCUUGCUCUACCAGGAGCAUGUGCCCACCUCCUCAGCUUCUGCUGGGACUCCCAUGGAGGUGUGUGAUAGAGACUUCACCUUGGAGCCCCUGAGAGGAGACCCACCUCGUGGAGAGGUCUUUGGAGGAGAUCCUGGGCUUACCCAACUGCCCCAACCCUUGUUGGAAAAGUCAGAAACAGCUCCUGCAGGAUGGACCCCAGCAGAUGGAGAGCGGGAACAGGGUGCAUCUUCAUCAAUAACAGCAGAGUCAUCUUCCAGCAACACACUGGGCUGUGACAGUGAUGGAGGACAAGUGGCUUCAGAUUCACCUGCAGCACCCAGUGCCCCCCAGGAUGCCCCUAUUUCUGCCAGCCCUGCACACACGGAUCCCACAGACAAGAAUGGCAGGGUCCCCAGGGAAGCCUUGGUAGAGCCCAUGAAGAGGUGCCUGGGAACAUUCACAGAGGGCAGCCAGGCUCAUGGAGCUCGGGCCGCAGGGUCCCCCCGGAAGUGGCCAGGGCAGCAGGACAACAGCUCACCAGCCAAAACCGUGGGCCGCUUCUCGGUGGUUAGUACACAGGACGAGUGGACCCUGGCCUCCCCCCAAAGCCUGAGGUAUUCUGCCCCACCUGACGUCUACUUGGAUGAGGUUCCCUCCAGCCCCGACAUGAAGCUGGCAGUGCGACGGGUGCAGACGGCCUCCUCCAUUGAGGUUGGUGUGGGCGAGCCCGCAUCCAGUGACUCUGGGGACGAAUGCCCAAGGAGGAGGCCUCCCGUGCAGAAGCAGUCCUCCCUCCCUGGUGGUGGAGGUGUGGCCAGUGACUUCGUCAAGAAGGCCACUGCCUUCCUGCACAGGUCCUCGAGGGCUGGCUCACUGGGCCCCGAGACACCCAGUAGGGUGGGCGUGAAGGUCCCCACCAUCAGUGUCACCUCCUUCCACUCCCAGUCAUCCUACAUCAGCAGCGACAAUGACUCAGAGUUUGAGGAUGCAGACAUCAAGAAGGAGCUGCGCAGUUUGCGGGAGAAGCACCUGAAGGAGAUCUCAGAGCUGCAGAGCCAGCAGAAGGAGGAGAUCGAGGCUCUAUACCGACGCCUGGGCAAGCCACUUCCACCCAAUGUGGGCUUCUUCCACACGGCGCCCCCAACAGGCCGCCGGAGGAAGACCAGCAAGAGCAAGCUGAAGGCUGGCAAGCUAUUGAACCCCCUGGUGCAGCAGCUCAAGGUCGUGGCUUCCAGCACAGGUCACUUGUCUGACUCCAGCAGAGGCCCUCCCGCUAAGGACCCUGCCCACGCCAGCACGCACCCGUGCGCCAAGGCAGUUCAGACCCAGCAGCCCUGCUCCGUCCGAGCCUCCCUUUCCACAGACAUCUGCUCCGGCUUAGCCAGUGACGGAGGCGGAGCUCGUGGCCAAGGCUGGACGGUUUACCACCCAACGUCUGAGAGAGGGGCCUAUAAGUCUAGUAGCAAGCCUCGUGCUCGAUUCCUCAGUGGACCCGUAUCUGUGUCCAUCUGGUCAGCCCUGAAGCGUCUCUGCCUAGGCAAAGAACACAGCAGUAGGUCCUCCACCAGCAGCCUGGCCCCAGGCCCCGAGCCUGGUCCCCAGUCCACCCUGCACGUCCAGGCACAGGUGAACAACAGCAACAACAAGAAAGGUACCUUCACCGAUGACCUGCAUAAGCUGGUGGAUGAGUGGACAACCAAGACGGUGGGGGCAGCCCAGCUGAAGCCAACACUCAACCAGCUGAAGCAGACGCAGAAGCUGCAUGACAUGGAGGUUCCUGGCGAGACUCGGGCUAUGACUACAUCUCGAGCAGGAGUGGGAAUGCCAUGUCUGACCCCAGUGCCUGGCCCUCUGUCCACCUCAGCCAUUCCUGGAGCCACCCCUGCCCUGCCUGUGCCCACACCAGAUCCUGAGAGUGAGAAACCUGAUUGACCCGGCCCAGAUGCCAGGCCCGCAUCACAUCGUCCCAGCGGAGAAGUGACAGACCUUCAGGGCUGGCCCACUGCUCUAGUCCAGUUCACGCUGU